AUGGCAUUCAUUGUUGUUUUCUUGUUUGUAUCUGCUCUGGCAACAUUUAGUGUUCAGGGUUCCUGUAAGUUCAACAAAGGGAAUGACGUCUUUGAAGACUUAAUGAAAGUGAUGUUAAAAGUAAAGUGUCAGAAAUCAGUCAGUAAACCGAGUUUACAACCAGCUUUCUUUGCAACUCUGACUAAAACCCUUUCCCUUGGUACGAAUGCUGUAAUCAAAUUUGAUCGUGUAGUGACAAAUGUUGGGAAAGGAUACGAUCCAAAAUCUGGAAUCUUUACAGUUGGUAAAUCAGGACUGUAUGAAUUUGCUGCUAAUUUCGUCUCGAAUGGUGACAAUUGGCUUGAGUUGAAUCUAAUGAAAAAUAAUGCGUUCAUAGUAAGAGCGCAUUCAGCAAAGGAUCAAGGUACUGCAGGUUCACUUCAGGUCAUAAUGGAAGUAAUGAAGGGAGACAGAAUCUAUCUCCGCAAUCCCAGGAGCUAUAGUGGAAUAUAUGGAGACAGCUAUACUAUGUUUUCGGGUCAUUUUAUGCAGUAA